CUCCCAGUAUGCAAGAGAACGUAUCCAGUGAGGCACCCACGGCAGGCCACUCUCUUGUAACUGCCCUUCUUAGACCUUCAACGUUAGCUCACAAAGAAGAGCAUUCGACAUUGUUGCCAGAAUUGGACUCUUUUAGCCCAUCGCCCAUUCCCCUGUUAACUUCAACUGUACAUUACCAAGAUUAUACAGUAUCGUUGCCAGUAUCAGGUAUUACCGUCAGAACACAUACUAUGUCCCUCAAUGAAACGUCUGUCACUCCUGAAGUUCCCGUCCAAGUCCAAACAGCAAUGAGAGUCGAACACCCUUUUAAUGAGCCAGUGACAAUCGCUGUUGUUUUGGGGGUGAUCGCUGGUAUUGUCGGAACUAUUCUUCUCAUUUAUUACUUAAUCAGUCUAAUAACAAAGAAAAGCUCAGUUGACAUACAACCUGCCAAGGAUGAAGACACAGGUGUGCCGCUAAGUUCUAUCGAACAGAGCGUAAUUCAAGAAGAGCAUGCCAGUGUCUGAAAGACCUCAGAGAGAACACAAGACUGCAGUCAAUGGCAAAAGUAGUAGAAGAAUCAGACAUAUCAGUACAUUGUGUACCUUCCUGAGCUGUACAUUAUAAGAGAAAAUGUCACCAUUGUAAGCUUCAG